AUGGGAGAAGGAAAUCUCGUGUACAUCUUACUUAUGGUAAUAGACUUUAUCCUAUUACUCAUGUCCUUUAUUAACGUAAUCAAUAACUCACCAGAACCAGAAAAAGCAGAAGAGAAACAAGAAGAGGAAGAUGAUGAACCAAUUGUGGUAACCCGUGACAUUGAUCUUCCUGUUGAUGGAGAAAACAAUGAAGCUAAUGAGAAAUUACAAGAAUUGAUCGAUGAUCUUAAGAAGAAACUUGCUGAUUCGGAGAAGAAUCGCAAGGCCAAUGAAGAUAAGAUCAAAGAACAGCAAGAUCUCAACGAUAAACUCGAAAAAGAGAACAAUGAUCUUAAAAACAAGAACUGCUGUGAUGAGAAAGCAUGUAAUGAAAAGUUAGACCAACUUAGAAAGGAGAUAGAUGAUCUUAAGAACAAUAACAACAAUAAUGAGAAGGCAUGCAAUGAUAAAUUAGCAGAACUUCUCAAGGAAAACGAAGAUCUUAAGAAUAAGAAUGAACAAGCUCAGAAAGAUCUUGAUAACCAAAAGGAUGAAAACAAUAGGCUUAAUAAAGAAAUAGAAGAUUUAAAGAAUGCCAAUGGAGACAAUGCAAAAUUAGCCAACGAUAAUAUUGAUAGAUUACACAAAGAGAUUGAAGCACUUAAAAAGAAGAAUGAUGAAAAUGAAAAGGCCCUUCAAGAUAAGGAUACAGAAAAUGAAAGACUCGCCAAAGAAAAUGCUGCCAUUAGAGCCAGUUCCGAUGAGCUUGAUAGCGCACCAAGGGAUCUCAUUGACCAGUUAAAGACCGAAAUCGAUGAAUUAAAGAACAAGCAAGAUCAAAAUGAGAAAGAUCUGAAGGAAAAGGCAGAAGAAAACGAAUUGCUCAACAAAUUAAACAAAGAUCUUAAUAAUGCUGCUUCAAAUACAGACAAAUCCAAUAAGGAUAGAAUCAAAGAACUUGAAGAUGAGAUUAAUGAUCUUAAGAACAAGAACAAUGAUAACGAAAAGGCCCUCCAGGACAAGAAUAGCGAAAAUGAAAGACUUGCCAAGGAGAAUGAAGAUCUUAAGAACAAGAAUGAUGAAAAUGAAAAAGCAAUUCAGGACAAGAACAAUGAAAACGAGAGACUCGCUAAGGAAAAUGAAGACCUCAAGAACAAUGCAGCUAAUUCCGAUAAGGCCAACCAAGAUAGGAUCAAACAGCUCGAAGAAGAGAAUAAUGAUCUUAAGAACAAGAACAAUGAGAAAGAUAAUGAAAUACAGAACAAGAAUGAAGAGAAUGAGAAGCUUGCCAAAGAAAUCGAAAAUCUUAGAAACGCUGCAGGAGACUUGGAUAAAAUCGCCCAGGACAAUGCAGAGUUAAAGAAUAAGAAUGAUGAAAAGGCUAAGCAGCUUGAAGAUGCAAACAACCAACUUAACGCAAAGAAUGAAGAAAACAACAACCUUAACAAUGAACUUAAUAAUCUCACGGCCAAGUUCAAUGAUGCACAAAACGACCUCAAUGGUAAGAACGAAGAAAAUGAUAAUCUCAAGAAGGAGAUUGAAGAGCUUAAGAACAAGAAUGCAGAACAAGAUGAAGCACUUAAGAACAAGGACAACGAACUUAAUGAAAAGAACAACAAACUUGCAGAACAAGAUGAAGCACUUAAGAACAAGGAUAAUGAACUUAAUGAAAAGAACGCAAAGAUUGCUGAGCAAGAAGAAGCCCUUAAGAACAAGGAUGAAGAACUCAAGAACAAGAACGAAGAAAACGAUAACCUCAAGAAGGAAAUUGAGGAGCUUAAGAACAAGAACAAUGAACAAGAAGAAGCUCUUAAGGCUAAAGAUGAAGAAAUAAAUGAAAAGAAUGGAAAGAUUGCCGAGCAAGAAGAAGCUCUUAAGGCUAAAGAUGAAGAAAUAAAUGAAAAGAAUGGAAAGAUUGCCGAGCAAGAAGAAGCUCUUAAGGCUAAAGAUGAAGAAAUAAAUGAAAAGAAUGGAAAGAUUGCCGAGCAAGAAGAAGCUCUUAAGGCUAAAGAUGAAGAAAUAAAUGAAAAGAAUGGAAAGAUUGCCGAGCAAGAAGAAGCUCUUAAGGCUAAAGAUGAAGAGCUCGAAGCACUUAAGACAAAGAUCGCAGAGUUAGAAGACAUUAUCAAGCAAAAGGAUGCUGAAAUCGAAGAACUCAAGAGAUUACUUGCUGAGAGAGAUAAUGCAAAUCAAUCUAACUCAGAGCAAAAUGCUAAAGAUCUCGAAGAUCUCAAGAAUAAGCUUAAUGAAGCAGAGAAGGCCAAACAAGAUGCACUCGACAAGUUAAACGAUGAGUUCCAGAACGGUCAGAAGCUCGAAGAAGAGAAUGGUGACCUCAAGAAACUCAUCGACGAGCUCAAUGAUAAGCUUAAGAAGAAGGAUGACAAGAUUGCUCUCAUGAAGAACCAUCUUUCAGAACAAGAAAAGAGCCUCAUUGAUGCUGAAGAAAGAGCUGCAGCAGAACGUGCCGAAAAAGAACAAUUAGCAGCAGCUAAGUCUCGCGAACUUGCAGAUAUUGAAGAAAGAGCUGAAGCAGCAGAAAGAGCUGCUAAAGAAGCUGAAGAAAAGGCUGAACAAGAGAGAUUGGCAAGAGAAAGAGAAAUUGAUGACAUUGCCGCCAAAGCACAAAGAGAAGCAGAAGAAAAGAUUUCUGCUGAAAAGAGAGAGCUCGAGGAAAGAGCCUUAGCAGCAGAAAGAGCCGCAAGAGAAGCCGAAGAGAAGUUGAAUGCCGAAAAACAAGCAUGGAACAAUGCUGUUUCAACAGUUUCAACACAAAUUACUGAUCUUUCAUUCGGUAAAAUCAGAACAAUCAACCAAAUCGAUCUCGACCAACUUAUCUCUGUUCACGGCAAGUCAAGACCAAUCGCUGUUUAUGUUCUUUCCAGAUCAUCUCAGUUAUCACACUCUGGUGCUUUCAUUUAUGAUACACAUAAGCUUCCAGAUAACUCCCUUUACCUCUACGUUGGUGAGGACUGCCCAGCAGCAUUAGAGCAGCUUGGUGAAAAGCUUCUUGCAGCAUAUUCAGCAGAAUAUCCAAAGGCAGAAGUCCACUACGUAAAGAGAGUCAGCACUGGUACUGAAUUCCAGAGAAUGAUCAAAGUUAUUGGUGGUCACGUUGGACAGAUUCAGGCAUCUGUUAAAUCAGGUGAUGAAUUGUUCUUCGAAAACAACUUCUUCAAGAUUAAAUUCCAUGUCGUUGUUUUCUCUGAAGGAAAAGUCAUUACACCAAAGGUUACAAAGACUGUUUCACUUGAUGUUCUCCCGCAGAAGGGUGCUGCAAUCAUUGACUGCUCUGAUACGACUUUGUACUUAUUCAUGUCAUCUGUUAUGCCAGAAGAUCCAAUCGAAAAGGCUGAUCAUGAUGCUGCAAUUAAGUAUAUGUCAGAGGCUCCAGAGUAUAGCAAUAGAGAUGUGACAAUCUUCAAUAGAGAGUGCAUCCCACCAAACCUUAAGAUCCUUCUUGGUGCCCAAAUUUAA